GGACGGUAUACACACCAUUACUCUGUUGUAGGGUGGAUUAUUACUACCCAGACCUCUUUAGAAACGCUCAAUGUCACCAUGUCAGAUAUAAUCACCUUGGAAUUAGAAUUGGCAGUUCAAUCUCUAGAGGAACGAGGCUUCAGAACUAUAUACAGGCCUACAGCAUGGGAUGACGACAGUUUCUAUCGUAUAGUUAGUCAUGUUAAAUGGCAGAGUUUUGGGCAUCCAAAAUCUGCAAGAAGCGCAAUGGGAAAAGUGCAAUUGGAAAAAGAUCAUCAACUGUUCUUCCUAGCGUUCGAACCGCCGUACGAUUUAUAUGACGAAGGAAAGGUUGAUCCCAAAGCUAUUUUGAAAACUGAUUUGAAUAACAACAAAACUUUAAGGGCUGUUCCAACUCGUCGUGAUAUGUACGCAGCCGCCGAAUUUCUUCAACGAUCGAUACACAUGAUCUACUGGUAUCGAACUGGUGUCCAAAUGGAAAGGAUUGCUCCGCCAUUUACAUAUUAUGAAACAGAGGAUAUCAUAUAUAUUCUAUCGGUAAGUCAACCAAACAAAACAGCAUACGUACAGCUGACACCGACCGAAGGGUUAACAGAUGUAAAGAUUGCGAAAUAUAGUCAAUGUCAAGAGCUGGCAUUCCGCAGAUCAUUUAGUCAUCGGCAUUACGAUGCGGAGAAGACAAACACAGAACUGAUCGGUGACGAAUGGAUGGUCGAUCAAAGUGUGGACAAUCAUCAAACAGCAAACCUCUUUUACUCCAUGAGUAAAGCAAUGUACGGAUUUCAAGAUUAUCAUGAAUAUGUACGCGAGCUCGUAAUGACGUGUCUGCGAGAGGAUGAGUUGGCUGAGGCCUUCUUUGACAGUACGAAAGACGACAACGUCUCGGAAACCUUAACAUUGAAAGAAAAAGUCAGAAGAAAGAAAGAAAAUCGCCGAAAAUACAUAUCUGAUUUACAGAAAGGACAAACAAUCCCUGGGACAGUAGAGCUCUAUGCCGCUGCAUACCUUUAUAGGACAGAGAUAUUCGUGGAAAGAAAGGAUAGAAAAGGCUGGGACGUUUACCACCCACUGUCCUUACCGAGAAGCAGACGUACAGGAGCCCCUUUCAUAACCUUGUCAAACUCACUGAGACUGUGUAUUCCGACACAACACGAGUGCAGCUGUAACCUGGUAAGACCACCUGUUGAAUUCCUUGAAAGUAUCAACAGCGACAUAUUGAAGUCUCUGGCCUUUAAAUUUGUUGUGAGCCAAACGACAGCGAUAUGCUGUCCGGGAAAGAGACAUCAUAGACACACCCACCUAGAUAGAUUCUGCAACAAUACGAAGACGGAAUACACACGUAACUGUUCGUCCUUCCCUGUCGGCAUCCAUAUAGAUGGAAGGACCUUGGACAAAGUCACCGAAGAUCGUGCGACUUUUCGACAAUGCAUCCACAAACUGAUAUACGGCACCGAUGACGUUUCUGACGACUUUGAAGUACGAGAAGAAGCUCCAGAUGACGAAUAUCUACUCCACAUAGCACGAUGGCUGGAGAAGAUCAUUUACGUUUAUUCAUCAAGGACGAACACUUGGAGAGUCUACAGACCUGACGUAGAUCCCAUCAACACUCCACAGAGGGAUGGAGCUACACAACAAUGCCGGUACUACAUAACCCUUCUAUACGACUACACUGACGACAGAUACGAUAUCAUCACACCCAUUCAAGGUUGUAACUGUAUCAUGAGGCCACCAGCAGUUAACACAAAACACACUGAUGCAAGACGUUUCAUUUCGAAAGAUGACAGGCACAAUCCUCUCACGGAAUUCUUUUUGGACGACGGUAUCGGCGACAGCUUCAGUGACGAAACACAAAACAGGUUGUCAAAGGAGGGCUACUCCCAAAUACACGAAGUAUUUCAUCGUCCAGAUAUGCAACUACGGGAAGUGGAUAAGGGACACGCUACACAUUCCCUGUACACUUGUCUCAGCAAAGAGAUAUUUGGGAACAAAGAACAAGCGAGGAAGAUUGAGGAGUUAGUUGCCAAAGAAAUGCAGGAUAAUGCUGGCAUUUACGCCAGUUAUCUCGGUGUUAGGUCUAAUUUGAAACGAAGUACACAACCUUUGCAGAACGAAGUUGACAAAACGCUUGUGCCAUUUCUCCUCCUCUUUGGACAUUUACCACUGCUUGCCGCUGCUACUGUGUUUCAAACGCCUAUUUACGUGCUAAACGUUGAGAGGAGUGCAGAGAAAAAAUGGAAGAGUAGCUGGUCCUCAUUUACCCAGGUCAGAAAAAAGACUGCACCUCAUACAAUGCCGAAGAUACAAAGUAAAUGCCGACAAACCGGAAAGUUUGACCGUUACUACGUGACUCUUCUCCAGGACCCAUACGGCAAUUUCUUACGAAUCGUUCCAAAGAGAGAAGUAUGCAACUGCGAAGUUCACGAACCUGAUGUACCAGGGGAGUUUGUGUCAGCACCUCAAAACGAGGAAGAAAUUCGUUUGAGAUCUAUUGCUUCACGACAACAGAUGGAGUGGGAAGUUGCAGAGAUUGAAAUCAUCCAUACCUUCAGACGACUUGACAACGCACUUGGCAAGAACCUUCGGAACAUUCGGCAGAUGAUGAAACUGAUAUCAAUACAACUUUUGAUGUACGAACUCAUCGUUGCGGUGUUCGAGAGCAGACGGCACAAUAUCAACAUAGCCUCCAUUACGGGUAGUGCCGUGUCGACCCUUGGUGCUGGGUUGCUCAUAUUAGGUUUCGCGUUGGCACCUGUAACUGCGGGGGCAACCUUAAACCUGUCUGUGGUUGGCGGAGUUAUCUCUGGGCUGGGUAGUGCGAGCGUGAUAGGCGCAAAGAUAACUGAGGGGGCACUUACCAAGCAUCAACUCCAUGCUUUGGUGGUAAUCCAUGAACUUUUGGAUGUUUUAUCAAAGGAAGCAGCUAAAUCAAAUCAGACAUACAUGGAUAUGGCAGAAAAAGUGAUGACAUCUAUGAAAGGGGAUGUUGGUGAGCUUGGGGACAAUACCUCUGGUAUUGUAGUAGGUAUGUCUCCUGCGUUAGGCAGGUUCAUGGGUAGUUUCCACAUUAUUCCUGUCAUUAUAGCAAGGGUCACGACCCAAGUCUCUUCUAUGAUUGUUGGGAGCGUUGUAGGUGGUCUUUCGGUUAUCGUUGACGCUAUGAUAAUUGCACAUGCUGCUUAUAAUCUCAAUAAGGGAAACAAAACUGACACGUCGGAAAUGAUUCGGAAAAACGCAGAUUUGCUAAGGGCAAUCAAAGCGAAACUGGAAUCGUAUGUACACGGAACUGUAAAUUAUCCCACUAAGUAAUGAAAUUGAAUGAAACAAGAACGGAACUUUGAAAAUUGAAUAUCAUAACUCCAAACGGAAAUGUGAGUUAAGUUUACAGAAAUAAUAUUAAAACAAAUGAUGGAAAAAGAUCCUACACUUAAUUGUUGCUUACUUAAAAAUCAGCAAACUAUAUACAUUGGAUUAUCACUUGAUUACGUUUGCUUCCGGAAGACUAAAGCGCAGACUCCUUAAUAGAAAACCCCUGUUAAGAAGGUCAUUGGUAAACAUAUAUCCAGGAAAUCCGUCUUCUUUAAUCUUUUUUUUAUCUGGAAUAGCAAAGCAAAUGGUGUAUAAGUUUGUUUGCUUGCAGGGUAAGGACAGGUAUUUAGAUACAGUUGUUUUCGGAAUGUUGGGCAUUAUCAUAAACAUUUACAAAUGUAGUAAUUUAACUUUCUUCAAUUCACUUUUGUUUGUUUCUAUUUGUUUGGCUUUAGCAUACUGCAUACAUAUUUCAGACAUUUCCGUUUUUCCAAUCGACUUAACAAGCUGGAAGAAUUUAAAGCUUUUCAUGCCGAGGGUUGAAUAUUCCGUCUUUGCGUAUUGCAGAGUUACCUUCCU